AUGUCUCGUGACUCUCAGCAUAGUUUGGUUUGGUAUUUAUCGACACAACAAAAUGAAGAAAAAACAUCACGGAAUUCCCUUGUGGUAGCAGAAAUAACAGCCAUGAUCAAUGAUGACGAGCUCAUGCAUCCAUUUUGGCUCGGCUUACUAUUUUUAUUUAUUAUACUGGCUGUUCUAUCUGUACUUUGUCUAAUACGAAAAAAAUUUGGAUCUCGAAUGAUGUCGUUUUAUCAAAAUUUAACUUCAUCAAAAAAACCUCCAAAAUCUCCAAAACUGUUGACACUAAUGCGGAGUCUACAAUUGGCGAAGAGUAAUGAACUUCAAACGCCAAUAACUAAAGAAGAUUUGUGUGAAAAAACUACAGUAAACGAUAAUGUUGCUCCACGAGAGGCUAUUAAGGAUGUUAAUGCUCAGCGUACAGCUGAGGCAGCACGAAAAUUGUAUGCAUCUUUAAGAAACAAUAGUAAUUAUAAAGGUUCAUCAUCGGUUGAGAGCUAUAGUGAACAAACUAGUCGAUCAGAUUAUUCUCGACAAGACAGAAAACUAAGAUUAUUUCGACAACCAAAAUUUUUUGAUACACUCACUAGCGAUGGUCCAAUGAUUUUUUAA